AUGCCAAACAUAAAAGUAUUUUCUGGUUCCUCACACCGGGAUUUGUCAGAAAGAAUUUGCCACCGACUUCAAUUAGAUCUUGCUAAAGCGUCACUCAAAAAAUUUAGCAAUAAAGAAACGAAUGUCGAAAUCGGUGAAAGUGUGAGAGGAGAAGAUGUAUACAUCAUCCAAAGUGCAUGUGGUGAGAUCAAUGAUCAUCUGAUGGAAUUAUUAAUAAUGAUAAAUGCUUGUAAAAUUGCUUCAUCAUGUCGCGUUGCAGCUGUUAUACCUUGUUUCCCUUAUGCACGUCAAGACAAAAAGGAUAAGUCCCGUGCACCAAUUAGUGCCAAGCUUGUUGCAAACAUGCUUUCCGUAGCAGGAGCUGACCAUAUCAUAACAAUGGAUUUGCAUGCUUCUCAAAUACAGGGCUUCUUCGACAUACCAGUGGAUAAUUUAUAUGCAGAGCCGGCUAUUUUGAAGUAUAUCAAGGAAACAAUCCCACAUUGGCAAGAAGCAGUCGUUGUAUCACCCGAUGCUGGUGGUGCUAAGCGAGUGACCUCAAUCGCUGAUCGUUUAAAUAUCGAUUUUGCAUUGAUUCAUAAAGAGCGUAAAAGAGCAAAUGAAGUUGAAAAAAUGACGCUUGUUGGUAAUGUGCGUGAUCGAGUUGCUUUGUUGGUUGAUGAUAUGGCUGACACUUGUGGAACAAUUUGUUUAGCUGCUGAAAAGUUGGUCGAAGCAGGUGCAAGUUCGGUAUAUGCAUUUUGUGUGCACGGUAUUUUCUCUGGACCUGCAAUUCAAAGGCUUAAUAAUUCAGUAUUUGAAGCAGUUGUUGUCACUAAUACAAUAUCUCAGGAAGAAAACAUGAAAAAAUGUCCUAAAAUUCAAUGUAUUGAUAUAUCAAUGAUUUUGGCUGAAGCAAUUCGACGUACGCACAAUGGUGAAUCAGUAUCUUAUCUCUUUUCACAUGUUCCAAUGUAA